CUCGGCCCCCUCCUUCCCGCUCGCUCGCUCGCUCGCUCGUCCGCCUCGCGCUCUCCGAGGCACGCGCGCUCCCGGCCGGCGCGCUCCGGGCUCCGGCUUCUCCCGGCUCCUGUCAGUGCGGUGACUGCGCUGGGAAACAUGGCGACCGAGGGAAUGAUCCUCACCAACCACGACCAUCAAAUCCGCGUCGGAGUCCUCACAGUGAGUGAUAGCUGCUUCAGGAAUCUUGCAGAAGACCGAAGUGGGAUAAAUCUCAAAGAUCUUGUCCAAGAUCCUUCUUUGUUGGGUGGAACUAUAUCUGCAUACAAGAUAGUACCAGAUGAAAUAGAAGAAAUCAAGGAAACUCUCAUAGAUUGGUGUGAUGAGAAGGAACUUAAUUUGAUACUAACAACUGGAGGAACAGGGUUUGCACCACGAGAUGUCACUCCAGAGGCCACAAAAGAAGUAAUAGAACGGGAAGCGCCAGGGAUGGCCCUGGCCAUGCUGAUGGGAUCACUUAAUGUUACACCUCUGGGCAUGCUCUCUCGACCAGUGUGUGGAAUAAGGGGGAAAACUCUGAUAAUUAACCUACCUGGUAGCAAGAAAGGAUCUCAGGAAUGCUUUCAGUUCAUACUGCCAGCUCUACCUCAUGCCAUUGACCUUUUACGUGAUGCCAUUGUAAAAGUAAAGGAAGUGCAUGAUGAACUUGAAGACCUACCUUCCCCACCACCUCCUCUUUCUCCACCUCCUACAACUAGCCCCCAUAAACAGACAGAAGACAAAGGGGUUCAGUGUGAAGAAGAGGAAGAAGAAAAGAAAGACAGUGGUGUAGCUUCAACAGAAGAUAGUUCCUCGUCACAUAUAACCGCAGCAGCCAUUGCUGCAAAGAAGCAUCCAUUGUACACCAAUCCUGCUGUUUUCAUGGCACAUCAUGGACAGCCCAUCCCUGGUAUCAUCAGUUAUUCCUAUGAUGCAACAGGCAGUACAGAUAAACGGAUUCCAGAUUCCAUCAUUUCUCGUGGUGUUCAGGUGCUCCCACGAGACACAGCCUCCCUCAGCACUACUCCUUCAGAAUCGCCCCGUGCUCAGGCUACAUCCCGCCUCUCUACAGCUUCCUGCCCAACACCAAAAGUCCAGUCCAGGUGCAGCAGCAAGGAGAACAUUCUCAGAGCCAGUCACAGUGCUGUAGAUAUCACCAAGGUGGCUCGAAGACAUCGCAUGUCUCCUUUUCCUCUGACAUCUAUGGACAAAGCCUUCAUUACAGUCCUGGAGAUGACUCCGGUGCUUGGUACAGAAAUCAUCAAUUACCGAGAUGGAAUGGGACGAGUCCUUGCUCAAGAUGUAUAUGCAAAAGACAACCUACCCCCAUUCCCAGCAUCAGUAAAGGAUGGCUAUGCUGUUCGAGCUGCUGAUGGUCCAGGAGAUCGUUUCAUCAUUGGGGAAUCUCAAGCUGGUGAACAGCCAACUCAGACAGUGAUGCCAGGACAAGUGAUGCGGGUUACAACAGGUGCUCCAAUCCCCUGCGGUGCUGAUGCAGUAGUGCAAGUGGAAGAUACCGAACUUAUCAGGGAAUCAGAUGAUGGUACUGAAGAACUUGAAGUGCGAAUUCUGGUGCAGGCUCGGCCAGGGCCAAGAUAAUCCGGUAAACCCAUUGGCCAUGACAUUAAAAGAGAGUGUGUUUUGGCCAAAGGAACCCAUAUGGGCCCUUCAGAGAUUGGUCUCCUUGCAACUGUGGGUGUCACAGAGGUUGAAGUUAAUAAGUUUCCAGUGGUUGCUGUUAUGUCAACAGGGAAUGAGCUGCUCAAUCCUGAAGAUGACCUCUUACCAGGAAAGAUUCGAGACAGCAAUCGGUCAACACUUCUAGCAACAAUUCAGGAACAUGGUUAUCCCACAAUCAACCUGGGAAUUGUGGGAGACAACCCAGAUGACUUACUCAAUGCCUUGAAUGAGGGUAUCAGCCGUGCUGAUGUCAUCAUCACGUCAGGAGGUGUAUCGAUGGGGGAAAAGGACUAUCUCAAGCAGGUGCUGGACAUUGAUCUUCAUGCGCAGAUCCAUUUUGGCAGGGUUUUUAUGAAGCCAGGCUUGCCAACAACAUUUGCAACUUUGGAUAUUGAUGGUGUAAGAAAAAUUAUUUUUGCACUACCAGGGAAUCCUGUAUCAGCUGUGGUCACCUGCAACCUCUUUGUUGUACCUGCACUGAGAAAGAUGCAGGGUAUCUUGGAUCCUCGGCCAACCAUCAUCAAAGCCAGGUUGUCAUGUGACGUAAAACUGGACCCUCGCCCAGAGUACCACCGGUGUAUACUGACUUGGCAUCACCAAGAACCACUGCCCUGGGCCCAGAGUACAGGUAAUCAGAUGAGCAGCCGUCUGAUGAGCAUGCGCAGCGCCAAUGGAUUAUUGAUGCUACCUCCAAAGACAGAGCAGUACGUGGAACUCCACAAGGGCGAGGUGGUGGAUGUCAUGGUCAUUGGACGGCUAUGAUGGUCACCAACAGGAGAAAGCUUUGAUGCAUGUCCACAUAUCAUUGACUGUAUCCUGUAAUAUGCAACGGCACAGCUAGUUUUUCUGAUCUGGAUAAAAGUUGAUCUGUAUAGUCAACAUCUUGAACUAUAUUUCAGAUGAACUUAAAUACCUUUUAAAGAAAAAACACACCUAAGAAUAAAUCUUAACAGACAAUUCUAUUCUGAUUAUAUCAAAGCAAAAUUUUCCUUUCUUGCAAAUUGCUUUGUGUGUUCAAUGCUAGGUCUGAUAGCGAUAGCUUUUAGUAGACAGCGGUAGGUGCCUGCAGAAUUUGUGUUUUUCUCAUCUUUAAAUACAACUACUUAUGCUCUUAAUCAAGGCUGUCUGCUUAUUUAUACUAGUGUAGGCAACACUGGGGUUUCCCUUCUUAGUAUGCUUCAUAACUGCUUUACAGAGAGCUUCUGCUUGUUCUUUAUCAUGUAUCUCGUGUUUAUGUGCACCGUGCCAAAAGAGGAGAGACUGCGCGGAGGCCCUGCCCUGCCGCGAGAACUGUCCCUGCGGAGCACCCGGGGACGCUCUCACCCUAGCAGCCUCUGGCACAGCACUCGCAGGCGGUAACUGGAUACUUUUUAUUUGAACAAACAAACCGGGGGGGGGAAAUGCUUCCUUAAGUGCUGACAGCCUUUUUAACCAACACAUUUAAAAUUGUACAGAACACAAAUAAAAUAAAAUCAAAGACUGAUCUUGUACAGAUAUUAGUGUUACCAGCAUUCAUGUGGAAAUCAAGAGCAAAAACAAAUAAUGUUAAACAACUCUGUACCAUAACAUUUUCUGUAAUGAUACUGAAACUUAAUGAAUAAAAAAAAUCCUUGAUCAUUAUUUAAAAA